GUUCUUUCCUACGCUUGGGCUUUCGAGCGCCUGCUACGCAGGCUAUUUAAAGUGACUCUUUCGACUUUUCUGCCCUGUCCUUUGUUGCUUAACUUUGAUGGGUUGAAAAUGGAGUGAAGAAACUAUCAGCAGUGCAAAGACUUUUGAGGAUUAAAGUCCAUUCAGGUAUUUUUGUCUUCAACAAUACAUUUGUAUGAUAAUAAGUAUAGCCAGUCUCGUUUCAACGUGACCGUACAUACGAUUCCGUAUACAUUUUCAAACAUUGUAAAUGCUCGAUCAAAGCAGCAUAAUUAUUAAUUGUGAAGACCGGACAAGGUAAAACAAGGUACAGUAAUUAAUAAGCCCCAAAUCAGUAUUGAUUCCUUCGUGUUCCCCAUGCAACUGCGGACAUAUUACGCGUUACGCUAAACUGUAAGCUUCGUGUGUUUGGAAGAACAAACUUAUCGAGUGUCGUUUGCAGUUUUGUCAUCAGAAGAGAUAAAAAAUAGCUCGUUUUUUCUUUUUAUUUAUCGUUGUUUCAACAUUGAAAAGUACAGAGCCAAUUGCGAGGUAGUACUUUAGACCUCAGCGCGGAGUUCCGCGUUAUCCCAGAUUAGAAAUCUGUCAGAACUCUGGCAACAUCAAGUCUAUGAACCGAUCAUCAUUAUUAUUGAUUCGUUAUUGCUUUUGCUCUUGGGUAAAUUAAAACAUACUAGGCAAUUUUUAGCGUCAGCAGCGACAACAAAGUUUUCAAAAUAUCCGUGGUGAAUUUAUGACUUGGCCGUUUAAUGUUUUUCUCGGAAACGGUUGAAUGUCCACCGACAUCGGCUUUUCUUGGAAUUAUUUUGCAAGAGCUGUCUACAUCUAAAUACAUUAGCCAUUUUUUGGGGUAUUCUCGUUUACCUGAAUUCCACAAUUCAAGCAAUUUUGUUAACCACUUUGCAAACGAACUGAUUCAAUCUUACGUUUAAACAUUAAACUCAAUGCCUUUAUACGGAUUAACUAUCCCUUGCGUUACAAACUGUGGAAUAUUAUACGACCUAUGAUAACAAGAUUCUUAUUCUGCCCCAAGAUAAAUCUGAAUAUUUAGGAUAUUCAUAGAAAGCAAAACAAUUCACGGUGUCACACUUGUUCGGACAUAUAAUUAUCGUUCUCUGUGCACCUAGUUGUAGCGUAAAACUUCAUAACGAAACUUUUGUAGAAGGUGUGAGCAGAAACAACAAGUGGUAACGUUGCGAGUAUGCGCGAGCCGCUGGACGGAAGUUUUUGGUAGUAUUGGAUCGCAGCGAAUGUAGCAAAGAAAAGUGGCGCUUGCUUUAAAAAUUACCAUCGUCUUAGUUAUCUGUUCUAUCUUUGUAGAGUGCAGAAAAGACAAAGUUUUCUGUGUAAUAUGCGAGAUUGGUCUCAGGGCUAAUAAGUCGCAGAUCAUUCACAAUUUUUCGCGGUUUGUGGUCCAUGAGUGAUUUUGUUUCGUGUUUUGGCUUGUGCGCGGACACGUCAAGCUUAGAUAGGGUUCUGUGUAACAGGUGCAAAACGCCACUAUUAAAAUACUUGAUAACUGGGAAAAAAAUCUCGUCAUGUAAGUUGUGAACUAUUGUUAUUUAUGCUUGAGAUUAAAACGCUGUGAAAAAAAUUCUAAAUGCUACUCUUUUUAGAUAGUCAAAAUUACAAUUCUUGCGACAAUGUCCCCGCACUAUAUACGAUUUCACGUCAGUUAUGGUUCAGGAACGCCCUAUUGCUCAGAGAUGUGUAACCUCAAUGCAGUGACUCUGCCAGUGAUUACUUGUGAGAGAUACCCCACCCUAGCCACUAGUGUCCAGACCAGGUGCAGUGCACUAGUUCUGCGACUGAUUACGUGAUUACAUUUCCAAGAUACCUCACCCAGCGCUAUGAAAUUGUAUUUUUCCAUUUUUGACUGGAUGCUAUAAAACUUAAGUCCCAAAGCAUAACAUCUAUUAAAUGUGUGUGAUGCCAUUACUUAUUCAGGGAAGUAGGCAGAAUUUUGUAAUAUAGAGGCUCUUGACUCCAAGAUACCCCUAUACCUCUAAAAUAAAGAAUGAGGUGAACCAAGAGAGAGAGUGUUACAAGAUGUUUCAUAUGACAGAUGUGUUUUAUUGAGGUACCGUAAAUCCUCUAUUAAGCCCCCCGGGGGCUUAUUUUUUCCAAGCACUUUUGAGGGGGGGGCUUAAUAGAGAAGGGAGGGCUUAUUUAAUUUAGCAAAACGCAUCACCUGUAGCAAAAAUACCGUGGUAUGAGACAGAGUAGACUUACGCGUUGUACAAUUAAAGUCACUGUCAAAAGUAUUUAUUUCUGCACUUGUGGGAGCCUAAAAGUAACAAAAACAAAAUUAUUAUUCUUCAAAAAUGUUCUCCACAGAGAACUAGAGCUCAAAGUUGAGAAAGUUAAGCAUAUGAAGUUGGAGGUCAUGCGGCCGAAGACCAAAAACAAUAUGAACUUUCAGCCUGAAUAAACCAUAACUAAUCAGUCCACGUUAAUCGUUAAUUUUUUUUGUGAAGAAUAAGGAUUGGGGAAGGGGAAAGGAGGGGGGCUUAAUAGAGAGGGGGGCUUAUUAGCUUUCCUCCUCUGAAAAGGGGGGGCUUAUUGGAGGGGGGGGGGAGCUUAUUUGAGAGGGGGGGCUUAAUAGAGAAUUUACGGUAACCCUAACCCUGAAAAAUCCUUUUCCUUUACUUCCUACACUUCUACAUACUAGAAAAUUACACAUAUGCACACAACAGUGAGAAUGCUUAAAAUAUUAAAGAUCACAGUCAUAGUAUAACUCCACUUUCUCUCUCUGAAAUAUUGAAGUGAAUUUUCUGCUUCUGGAUUGUCUCUGUUUUCCAUUUUGCUUGCACUCAUUUUAAUUUUGUUGUUGGUGUUGUCUACCGCCACUUGUGUUAAUAAUUAUUUAUAUUAUCAAUAAGGCUUAGCUAACUUGACUAGCUCAUAUCUAUUUGGGGCCAAGUUCUUAUGAUUUGAAGAUUAAGAAUUGAAAAUGAGAGAAAAUAAGCUCUAACUUUUCAUUUUCAUUCAAUUUCAACAUGAGAAGAACUCAAGAAUGUUAAAGACAGAUAUGAAUUAAGUCUGAGUUCAUGGUAGCUUCAAAUGAGCCAAUGUAUGACUCAAUAAAUAAAAUUAAAGCUUGUCUGUGUGUCUUCUGGGGCACCAAGGCUAUUUGAUGCAGUUGGGGAUUGAGUGACAGACCCUUCACAUUCUGCAGACAGGAUAGGGUUAAAUAAGAAACCGAUAGUUGCCAUUUUGUAUCAGCUGUGGUAUGGCUUGAGUCAAAAGAGCAACUGGUUUGGAUGUGGCCAUGCAGUCAUCCUCAAGGACUGUUACCUGAAUCAACAAGGUUUAUUGGUGAGCAUCUCAUAGGGAGCUCCUGCAACAGGCAAAAGGCAAAUGAAAGUUUCCAUGACUUGUCCUGUUGCAACACUAAGAACAUCAAUGAACUUGUUUCAGGGGCAAUUUUACAUAACUGGCAAUUUGCGCAGAUUAUGAUAGAUGACUAUAUACACUACUGUGUAUACAAAAUGCCAAUCUGACACUGGCAAGCCAAGUGCUCUUAAAUUUAUGUGCACUUGUAAAUACUGGAUAUAUGAGACACAGAGUAUGAAAAGAAUUAUCUCUAUCGGAGAGUGAAAAGUUACACCUAUGGCAUUUUGUUGUUGCCCAUAACUAGCAAUACCCCUUUACAUAUUCAGGAUUUCUGAGGUGUCAUGGAUAUGAAUUUAUAUUCAAGAAUGAAAGAAAUCUUUUGGAUUGAAAACAUUUUAAGCAAAAGAUUAAAAUUCGUUUUUGUGCCAAUUUUGUAUGUAUGAACAAAUCAUCAUAGCAUACAAGUGUAAUCAUCAAUAAAAUCUUCCUCCAAAUGGUGAGGGUUCUUGUAAAAUGAAUCUGAGAGCUUACAGAGCAUGAUUAUCAGAACUCAAUUUCAUCAGUGUCCCAACCCACCCCCACCCCUCACCCUUGGAUGCAAAAUCAAACAUACAAGAAUGAAAGAGUGUUCCGAAACAACGCUUUUACAAGUAAGUUUUGUUGGGAUAUACUUUUCCACGUUCACGAAAAACCUGAACGCAAGGUUGAAAAGGACGAGAAAAAUUUGUUUGUCUGCCACGAAGUUUUGGCUAAUAAUAUUUCACAAUCCGCCGCCUCGAUCUUUUAAUCCCUGUGAAUAAGUAAUCACCAUAGAGCAUCAAAGUAAACCAGAAAAGAAAAUUUUCGAAAAUGGUAGGAAACAGCCGAAUACGGCCUUACUUUUAAGAGCAGGAUUUCAUACCGCUAAAUAAUAUCAAAUUACUCGAACUUCCCCCCUUUGAAUUAACCAUUAAAAGUGAAAAUACGGAGUGACCGAAAGUCUAACCUUUUUAGUCGAUUGUGUGGGAUUGCCACUGGAUCUCGCUGUACGGACAGGGUCAAAUAAUACAGAAAUACGGGGUUCACAUAAAUUACGUUGAUUUCUGGCUGCUAUAAUUUUAUCACAUAACAUUCGAUGAUGCUGCUCCACAUUUCACAAAGUAAAUCAAGGGGUAUAUCUUACCUAAAUGCUAGGCAGCUCUGUAGAUCAUGGACGAUAACCCAGAAGUCCGCGACCGCUUGAAUGUCAACAAAGCAACAUAUCACAACAAACGACUUCGUGACCGCUGUUAUCUGCUUCAUCAGGGGAGCAAAAUGGAUGAACAUUAACCGGCUAAAUGGUCCUUCUACCAUACAUGAGAAUUCAACAUGGCUUAACUAAAGUACCCAAUUUAUAAUACAUGUCUCCUGUUGAUUGGGUAUGCAAAAGAAUCUCCUUUGAAAGUGCUUCAGCUCAGCUUUCCGCCAUUACGAUAAUAGCCUGCGUAGCAAGCGUUUCCAAUCGAGUUAUUGCGCAAAAGUUAGAGCGGAAGCGAAAAAAACCUUCUUUCCCCUCCCCCUCCCCAGUCAUUCCUUUUUUGCUCUCUUCUCAACUUUCUCGACGAACUCGCGCGGAAACGCUUGCUACGCAGGCUAUUACGAUAAAGUGCUUCCCAGCAAUCUUGACGCAUGCGCAAACGUUACCAAUUGCUGUUCUGAGCACACUUUUCUCUUUAUUAAAAAUUAUUAUUCAUAAUUAUUUAUUAUUAAAACAACUCGACUCCCGAGGAAAAUUCGCUGACAUCUGGGUUUCGAACUGCUGCUAUUUAAAUAAUCGCAAUGAAUUAUAAAAAGACGCCUAUUCAAUUUACAAUUUUGUGGUGUUCGUGACCGUCGCCUUUUGUUUGAGCCACGAUUCAACAAAAAUUCCCGGUGUCUUUGCCAAUUAACAUUAUGCACCGAGCUUUUCAAAACUUCAACAUCUCUCAAGGCAACUCCCCGGACAUUUCAACUUUUUAAGACAGGUCUGUUAAAAGUCCUGUCAGUUACUUUAGCCCAAUGUGGUGGUCAAAUGCCCCAUCCCAAAGACGAAAUGCUUUGCAGGUUGUGAAUUCGUAAAAAAUAAACUUUGUUUGUUCACAGAUUUUAUGAUAAAAGAACGUUCUUUCAGGUGAGAGGAACCAUGGAGAGCAAAGGGCAUCUUGAAAGUGUUGCUCACCAGAUUUCACAGGCUAAACAAGAGCUUUCUCUUAGUGGAGAGCACCUGCGUCAAGUUCCUGAUGCUGUUACGUCACUUACCGAUAUCGAGGUCCUGGAUCUUUCAAACAAUGAAUUAACACAACUACCAGAUGGAUUACAGAACCUGACUAAACUAACAACUUUAUGGCUGAGUGAUAACAAAUUAAGCGAGCUCCCGGAAGUUAUCGAAGAACUAAAGAACUUAACCACAUUGGAUGUAGCGUUCAACAAGCUUGCAACGAUGCCUGGAGGCAUAAAAAAUUUAGAGCAACUUUCAACACUUAUUCUAGCAUCCAAUGACCUCCAUGAGUUACCAAAAGAAAUAUGUCAACUAAAGAUGCUUGUUUCCCUGGACAUAAAUUACAAUCCAGUUCAAAGAUUACCGGGAGAAAUUACCAACCUAAAGUUACUAACUACCCUCUUGAUGGCUGGCACCAACCUCGAGGAAUUGCCAAACGAGAUUUGUUGUCUGAAGAUGCUCUCCAAACUGGAUGUGUCAUGCAAUGGGCUAAAACAGCUACCCAAAAACUUUUCCAACCUCAGUUAUUUAAAUACUCUGAAUUUGAGCAUCAACCGGUUUGAAGAAAUACCAGAAACCGUUUUUCGUUUGAAAAGGCUAAGCACACUUAAUAUUUCAUGGAACCGAUUAAAGACGUUAUCGGACAAAAUAAAUACAUUGAGUCAACUCACCUCUCUGCAUGUGAAUGGCAAUCACUUGUUCCAGUUGCAUGAAAACGUUGGUAAAUUGGAAAACCUGACCUCGUUAGAUGUCUCACACAACCAUCUGGUGCUCCUCCCCAGAACAAUCACAUCUCUGACCAAACUGAACGCUCUUCUGCUAAGUAGUAACAGAUUCUUUCUGUUACCAAAUUGCGUUUUUAAGUUAAAGACAUUGGUGAAGCUAGAUGCAGGGUAUAAUAAGAUCACGAAACUCUCUGAGCGCUUCGCUCAUCUUUCCGAACUAACAACCCUCCAACUACCUGACAAUGAGCUGACUGAGAUUCCAAAAUGCGUUUUUGAACUGAAGAAAUUGACAACUCUGAAUGUGUCUGACAAUUGCAUAACAAAGGUCCCUCAAGAAAUAGGGGACCUCGAUCAACUAAGUACAAUUAAUCUGGGCAAAAACUAUUUGCAAGAACUGCCGGAAAGCAUUUUUCGGCUUAAGGGGCUAACUUCUCUGAUCUUGGAAUCAAAUCAACUAACGCGGAUCCAGGACGACAUUAUCAAUUUCCAUCAACUUACUACGCUUGAUCUGUCGAACAAUCGCUUGGAAGAGCUACCACAGGCUGCGUUCCAGCUCAAAGCCUUGACAUCGCUUCUACUGUCUUCAAACAAGCUAAAGAGACUGCACGAAAGUGUAAAAAAUCUUGAACAGCUUGUUUCUCUGGACCUUUCAGACAACUACUUACAAGAAUUACCAGAAGGAGUUGGUAAGUUGAAUAGUCUAGUGGAACUGAAAGUGACUGAAAAUCAGCUGAAGACCCUGCCGUUGUCCCUUGCCUGUCUACCAAAUCUGAAAUUGCUGAGAGUUGAUGGCAAUCCUUUACAAAUCCCUCCUGUGAAGGUCUGCGAGAAAGGCUGGCCAGCGAUUCGAGCAUAUCUAAAAAUCAGAAAGGGGGAGGCAUUGCAUCAGAAGGUUGUCCUUCUUGGUUCGAGCGGAGCUGGCAAAACUAGUUUGGCAAACACUUUAGCAAAGAAUAGACCAUCCUGCGUUGAGGAGAAAGACAGGACGAUAGUACUCGAUAAAAUUUCUUGGGAAAUUGAGUCUGGAAAGGAGCUAAUGGACGUUUGUGUAGUUGACUUUGGAGGAGACGAUAUCUACAAGAUAGUACAUCAUCUCUUUUUGGAUGAAAACUCUCUAGUUCUCCUUGUUGUAAAUCUACAACGAUAUUGCGAGGAAAGGUAUAUGAGAGACCUAGGAAGUUGGAUAAAUGUUCUCAAAACUCGCGUGCCCAAAGCGCGGGUCAUUUUGGUAGGAACACAUCUUGACCGCCUCGCAAGCGAAGAAGAGAUCCGUGCUAGAAAAGAAAUGGCGAGAGCCCAUUUGUCUUUGUAUUCAGCAGAAGAAGGACCAGUAGACGAAGAAUCCAGUUUCAGGGUUGAAGACUUUUUUACAGUGUCCUCAAAAGAUUAUCAAGGUAUACUGAACUUGCGAGUGCGAAUUCAAGAUAUCGUCGCUAAGGAUGGAAAGGCAAUUCCAACUGACUGGAUUGACAUUUACAACAGCCUUCAGAAUAUGGAAGUAACACAGGAUCAGCCAUUUUUGACAUUUGAUACCGUCAAACAGUUGGUGGAGAGUCAAGAGAAUCGGUUUUGGGAUAUGAUCAGAAGUAUCUUUACUUCUAGCGAAGAGCGAACUCAAACAAUCUUGGCCUUUUUCCAUGACAUUGGAACUUUGCUGUGGUAUCAUCAAUCUACUGAGCUCAAGAAAUUUGUGUUCCACCGUGCAGAAUUUCUGACGGAAGUCAUGAAGGUUGUCUUUUCGGGAAACUUACUUGACGGUUCUCUGGCUUUUAAAGGUAACAGCAGGAGAUGCUUUACAUCUCAUUCAUUUGAACAAGCCAAGCAAGAUUUAGUCACGCGUGGUGUCCUAUCGCCAACACUGUUGAAGGCACUGUGGAAAGACCAUCAGAUUGAAGAAACAGUGUUCGAUGCCUUGGUAGACCUUUUGAUUCAUCUGGAACUGUGCUAUCCCAUAAACAGUGAAGGAACAGAAGAAGGACUUCGUUUCCCUUGGUUUUUACAGGAAGGAGAGCCAGAGGAUUCCUGUGUGCAGGAGUUUUUGCACAAGCCCCUUUCUUCUGGAUGCUGUCGCCUCUCAUUAAAGUACCUUUAUCCCGCGAUGUUACCUGAGCCACUCUUUCACAACUUCGUGGUUCGCCUCCACCAGCACAUAAGUGAUUUAAAAAGUCGUCACGAUUGGAAGAACGGAAUGUAUGCACGAGUUAAGAACUCGUGUCUCCUUGUUCAUAGAUCUCUCGAAGCAGAAGAAUCGAUUAUAACCGUGUCAGUUGAAGGAACAGAACUGAUGCAAAUUUGGUCGGUACUUCUUGCUUGCCAUCACGAGCUAACUGCCUUGAUGAAACAAUGGCCUGGUUUGAGAUGGGAGUGCUGGAUUAUCUGCCCUUUCUGCAUGCGUGUGAAUAUCUCAGAGCCUGGACACUUUCCUCAGUCAAAUUUGGAAGCGAAGUGUCCCAAGGGGCAUGUAACAUGCGAUCGCCAUGAAGAGAUGGUUCCCGCUUGUUUAGUUUAUCCUCUGAAAGAAGGUCAGUAAUGGAUAGAUAAAUCUUGAAAGGAGCCUUUGGGGGGUAAAUUCUUUUAAUUAGUUUUUGUAUCACUGCUAACUGGAGAAAAAACUAGCACCAUUUAUAAAAAACGUAAUAUAUAGAUUUAGCCAGAGCUAAAAGCGAAGCUCUGGAUAAUAUUUAUAGUUUGCUCAAAGAAAAUAUAAAAUCGUGUAAUGCUAAAGGUAAUGUUACACUGGACGAUUCGCAACGACGAUUUUUACCGCAACACAGCGUUGCAAUGCCGGAACAAUGUUGUAACCUUUCGAAACAAUGUCGCAACAAUGUUGCAACGCUGUGUUGCGCUAAAACUCGUGGUUACGAAUCGUCCUGUGUAACAUCACCUUAAGCGGCGAAGGCAACGAGAAUGGUAAAACAACAAUAGGUCUAAUUAGCGAAAAAGCAACUUUGCACGUGCAGCACACUUUUUUUUGUACAUUUCUUUGCCCUUGUUUUGCAACACUACAACGUGGCCUGGCCUGGCCUGGCCUGUCACCUACUUUCUCUUUUUCUCUGUCUUUCUUUUCUGUCUUUCUCCAUAUUCCAAAUGUGUAGACAUCACAAUUAAUCUAAGCUCAAUACUUUAGUCAACACGGAUACAGAAACAAUUUCCGCUUUCCGUCUUAAGUUAUCUCUUCUUCAAAAGACGCUGGUGGCUAUGCAAUUUCCCGCCAAAAUAACCUCGAGUUGCAUUUGGGUUGCCAUACCUGUUGAUUGAGUUAUUUUACAUUGGUAUGCCUGUGGUGCAGAAAGACAGGCGGCAGACGGAUGGGUACCACAUUUUCUUAGGUACUGGGCUAUCCUCGUGCGCGCCUCGAGCUGCGCUAAUAAUGCCAAUGCCGAUCGUACAGAACUUUUCCCAAACGAACUUAGCGCUCUAAAUAAUUCGGACUUUUGAAUUCACUGACUCAUCGCUAUAGUUUCUCUAAAACCUACCGGGGUUGGCAUGAGAAAAAGGGUUAAAGGGAGGAAGCCUAUAAAAUAGGGGGGGUGGAGCUGGGAAUGCAAGGGACGGGAGGCUUGAGGGUUGGACCACCCUGUCCCCACCCCCACUUAAUACGCUGUCAAAUACUCAACAUGUCUUAUGUAAUGGGCGCAAAAAAAGAUGGAACAAAAACAGUUAUGAUUUCGUUCACAUUGCGACUACUAUAAACGGGGUCACCUGGACAAAGUUGACGAAUCGGAUUACAGAAAAAAAAACAAUACAUUCCGAGAACAAUCAUAAUUACUACGAAACGAAAUCCUCCAAACGUGACCGUUUCAACCAGCUGAAGAAAGCCUAUGUUUCCUGAGAGGCCCGUUAGAGCGAGAGACGGAAGCGAAAAGCGGAAAUGUUAGUUAUAAUUUCGACUUGAGGUCGCAUGUUACUUCAAAGAGGGGCAAUGGUAGCGAAGAAAUUGCUGGUAGAUGACAAUGAUAACAGCUUGUGUCAAACGAAUGAUGUAUCCCGCCCUGGGUGUUAUGUGUAACGUUUCGAAUAGAAAAACGUUGUCUGCUAAAAAAUUUGUUUCCUUGCAAACGUUUGCUAUCAAUAUUUAAAUGAUUAUUGUUUUUAAAGUAACUUGUUUUUUUACGAGCCGCUGAUUGGCUCACAACCAACUUUCUUGGGAUGUAUUGUUAUUUUCCUGUAAUCCGAUUGGUCAACUUUGUCUGAUUGGCCCCGGUUACAGUAGUCGCACUGCAAAAGAGGAAGUUUUAAUUUACUUGCUAUUUGUACCUCAUAAGCAAAGAAAGGUAAAGUAAAGACACAUCAUUGUUACUUAAUUCUUAUUACUUUUAGAAAGGGCAAGGGACCGAAGAAUCUCAGAGGAAUUUGAUCGCCAAGAAAGUGAGCACACUCCUGAUUUUGAUUGCUCAGGUACUUUAUUAUAAUUUACAUUAAUUUUAUAGAAUCUAUCUGGUUACCUUUCCCAAAGCUUAACUCUCUCCCUCUCUAUUUAGGGAUGUCUUAAUACGCACAGAAUCUGCAAAGAAAUGCCUUUUUUAUGCUGUAGUCCAAGCGUCCAAUAAUUUGCCACCGCAUUUGCAAGAAGUUGUAAUCUUAAUGGCCUUUAAAGCAAAGCUUAGGAAAAUACUUUUGAAGAGUUUUUGAAAUACCUUAUUACUUAAUUGCCAGUCAUAGUUGGUAUCUGUUUCAUUGUAUAUUUUUAAGUUUGAUAUUAUUUUCAGAAUAUUGAUAGUAAUAAUAAUAAUAAUAAUAAUAAUUUAUUUUAUCAUCAUCAUCAUUAUUAUUCAAAUAACAAUCUCGAUCAUCCUUGUACAUCUUGGUUACCAUAUAAUUGACAGCCGAAGUCUCGAGAGACAAUGCUUUUGUGACCUGGUCAGUUUGUGGUGGUGCUCUAACGUCUUGUCUGGCGGUAUAGGCUAAUGCGCGAGUGGCGGUCCCUAUUGCACAAGGCGCAGAUGAAGUUGGAGGAGGGCAAAGUAGAGCAGUUUUUGUAGACUAGUCACAGUCCCCUAUUUUUCCGUAAGAUCGUCGAGAUCGAGCGCUUUGCGUUACGGGCAGCCAUCUCGGAUGAGCGUUAAAACUACUUAGGGGGCGGGGGUUGGUUUGGGAGGAAGCUUACAUUGGGCUUACAUGGGGCGAGGUAGAAGGAAAGAGUUCAUUUGAGAUUUUCUUUUUUUGGUUUCCAGUCGCUGUCCAUGAUAUCGUUUUCAAGUCAGGAUCACCAUCACCCAGGGUUCUUCAUCUUGUGUCAAGUGAUGUGUGCGCCGUCUGGAAAAGCCUUGGUCGACAACUGCGCAUACCCGAUUCAACACUGGACCAGAUUGAGGCUGACAACAUAAGGGAAGGACAAUACGAACAAUGCUACUGCAUGCUGACCACAUGGACCGAGGUCCAAACUGACCCGCCAACAUACCAGGAGCUUGGGCAGGCCUUACAACAUGAAACUGUCGGGAGACCUGAUAUAGCGAAGAAGUACUGCUGUGAAAGCGAUGACGAGGAGUCUGUAGAAAUGUCAACUGGUAAAUAUAAAUCACACCAGCCUCCAAUCUUCUUUUACUUAGUUCGUGACACAGCCCCUUUAGUCUCCGUCUGUAUCAAGAUGUCGGCCAAAUAUGAUUUUUUGUAAAAAGCCUUUAAAAAACAUGAUAGUGGUAUUUCUGACAGUGUAGAAUAACGGAACAGACAGAAAUAUCCAUUUGGCCGACUAGAACGAACUGUGGGUAGAUUUUUGAGAAAUGUUUUCGCUUGUUUUGUUGUACGUUGCAAAUUUGAAUCAGUUCAGGUCAGCAAUCGAGCUCCUAACUUUUAUUUUAUUUGCCAAUUUUAUCAUAUUUGUUUAUAGGCAUUUGACAGCUAGUUUUUACGUACCUCUGCCCUCGAGUUGUCGAGAACUCAGCUGAUUUCAGCAGGCGGGAGUGUACGUUCCCUUUUUUCCCACAUUGCGGUUUGGGUUUUAUUAUCCUGCAAUGUCGCACUUUGUUUCUUUAGAGGUUUGCUUUUCGCCAUAGGGUGUUAUUGUUAUUGUUAUUAUUAUUAUUAUUAUUAUUAUUAUUAUUAAGUGCGAUCUUGUAAUCUAACGUUUUAAAUUUUGCAAUUGACUGGCUUCGAGGUCCUUGCUGACCAACAGGCCCCUGUAUCUACUCUUGUGUGGGUGUCCUUCUGGGUAGUGAAGGUAAAAUAGUUGGUUAUCCUCUUUUGCCAUCUGCACCAGAAUCAAUGACAAUCAGGACCUCUCUCUUCCGCAGAGGACUCUUUCUGUUGUGGGGAGACUGAGGAAAAAGAAAAAGAGAGCGCGCGGAGAACGAUGAGAAGGGGAAAUAGAGAAGAGAGGCUCCCGCCUCUUCUCUCUUCCCAUCGUCCCCCGCGCGCUUUCUAUUUUUCUUUUUCGAUGAUUGCUAUUUUUAUAGGGAUACCCAGCGGGAGCCUCUGCGGAGAAGAGAGAAUCAGAAAAACGUUCUGAUAAAGAACCAUGCUAAUCGAAAAUGCCUUGCGUGCCAUGCUGAUAUUUAAGCAGAGAGUGUCAAGUGAGUUCCACCUAAACAAACGCAAUGAAUGCUACCAUGCGCUUUUAUAGUAACUUUACGAAAAAAGCGUUCAUCUAAUCACGUGUGAGUGCAAGAGUUGAUACAUCGGGAUCAGAGGCACUCCUGUAAUUUUUCAACUUUCUUUCUUUCUUUCUUUCUUCUUCUUUUUUGUUUUUCACUAUUACAGGCGCGCCGUUCAAGGAAGGCGUGCUAAACCAACAAGAAAUCCACAGCCUUGCGCGGAAGCUUAAAACAUGGAAACGCAUCGGAAGAGCUCUGCAACUGGACGACGCUACGCUAAAUGAAAUUGAUGAGGAUAUCAACGGUUUAGUAGAGAAGGGUCACGCAAUGCUCAGACGGUGGAUGGAAGUCAAUGGAAGCGCCGCAACUUACCAGAAACUUGCUGAAGGACUUGAAAUAGCAAAAAGAAGAGACUUGAUAAGAACUUUCUGCUGUGAAAGAAUAUGAUAUGAUCUUUGUUAUCUCUUUAACCAGGUUCAUCAAAAGUGAAAAAGUUAGCAGAGAGCUGUGACGCAGGUUAACGAACAUUAGUUCGCUGAGGAGGCGUUUAUCAAAAGUUACUUCUACUGCUGAAUAAUUCAUUAGCCUGACUCCCUUCCCCACCGCCCUCCCUCC